AUGCAGCCGUUGGACGGGCGCAGCAAGGCGAUCUUCAUCGUCACGACGGUGUUCCUGGGGAUCUCGUUCAUUGCUGUGUGUCUGCGAUGCUUCGUGCGUAUCAAGAUCGUCAAGGCCUUCGGCUGGGAUGAUGCCCUAAUGGUGUUUGCCAUGGCAUUGAAUGUCCUGUUCGCCCUAUGCGGAAUCACCGGCGCGCUAUAUGGAAUCGGCCAAAAGACUUGGGAUCUGCAGCAACGAGGCACAGCGGAAACCGCCAUGUUUUGGUGGUGGCUUGGUCAAACCAGCUACGUCUGGGUAUGCGCAGUCGCCAGAAUCUCCAUCGCAGUCGCCCUGCUCCGUCUCACCGUCGCCCGAGUGCAUGCGAUCAUCCUAUGGGCAGUCAUCAGUGUGACAACAGUGAUCGGCAUAGUAUUCUUCUUCAUGCUCACGCUGCAAUGCAACCCGGUCUCGUUCUUCUGGCAACGAAUCCGCGUCGCCACCGAUCCUACCGGCAAUAUCCAUGGAUCCUGCAUGGAUCUCGACAGGAUCAUCGCCAUCGCCUAUGUCUACAGUGUUACUGCGACGUGCUGUGAUUUGACGCUGGGUCUCUUGCCCAUCUUCUUGGUGUGGAAUUUGCAGAUGAACACGAGGACCAAGGUUGCGCUGGCGGGUAUCUUGGGCAUGGGAUGCGUUGCUGGCGCUGCAGUUAUCAUCCGGAUCCCAUAUCUGCAUGAUUACAAGAACCACGAUUUCCUAUACGCAACAGCCAACAUCUCGAUCUGGUCCAACGUCGAAGCAAGCCUCGGCAUCGCAGCAGGAAGCCUCGUAACCCUGCGCCCGUUAUUUCGCUGGUUCCGCGACCCAAGCAAUAGAGACACGCGCAGCCGCCGCACCGGCGGCAGCGUGCCACUCUCAAGUGUGAGCGGCCGCUCCGACCCGUCGGGCCCGCAGUUCUGGCGGCCAGACCUCGACCCGGAGCAUUCGCACGCCAUGGUGACUACCGUGCAUACACCGGCAACCCCCCGGGGCGGCAGCCGGACUAGUAGUCAGGAGGAUCUGAAUCCGAAGCAUGGGACGUUCUUUGCUGGGGUGAAUGUGCAGAAGACGUUUUAUGUUUCGGCGGAUGUGGCGGAGCGAUGA